AUGACUCCUGCUUCUGCUGGUUCCUCCACAUCCGGCGAGGGCCUGGCGUUUGUGGUUACUGCUACGGCACCCCAAGGGGCUGCAGCAGGGGUGGGGCUGGGAGGGGUGGGGAAGCGGAGUGUGGCGGUGGAGUUUGACUCGGUGCUGAGUGUGAAGCACAGCGACCCCAACGACAACCACGUGGGCGUCAAUGUGGGCGGCUCACCUGUGUCCCUCGCCUCUGCCACGGCCCCUCUCAUCCUCAACGACGGCCACACCAAGCAUGCCUGGAUCCACUACGACCCCUCCAGCGGUGGCACCCUACGAGUCUUCCUCUCAGCCUCCAGGCAGCAGCCGUCCAAGGCUGUGGUGACAGCAAGAGUGUCUCUGUGCAGCGCGCUCAAGCCCACCGUAGGCAGUGCCUUCUUCCUCUUCGGCUUUGUGGCCGCCUCUGCAAACAACACUCAGAGGCAUGACAUCCUCUCGUGGAAAAUUGACACCGGCACUGCAUUUGGAAGUGUAGCAUCAGCAGAGGAGGUGGAAGCAGGUGGCGAGGGCGAGAGUGUGCCCACAUCGUUCCACUAUGCCAGCCUCUCCUUCCUCCCCACUGCGGACGGUCUGCCCAUGUGGAAGCCUCCUGCAUUUGUCACGUGGAUGCGAAACAUGGCAACAUGGCCUGUGAAGAACCAGCAUGGAUGUGGUAUGGCAUGGGAUGGCAUGUACGAGGUGUGGCAAUGUUGGAGUGUGGCAUGGGGGUGUUGUGGCAUGGACGGGGCAUGGCAGGGGUGGGGUGUAGCAUGGGUUGGGUGUGGCAUGGCUGGGGUAUGGAAUGGGAGUGGGUUUCCUUACCCAUCCCUGUGCGGCUACCUGUUGGCCUUCCAACCCCCUUCCCCCUCCCCUCCUCCCUUACCCCCCGGCCCCCCAUCUACUUCCCCCAACGUCGCCCAUCUUUGGCAUGCAGCCGACUCCUCAGCAUACGCAGUGGUGGCAGCAGUGGAGGCAGCCUACAGCAUCAUGGAAAGCUUAUAUCAGCCCCCAAGGCUGUCGGUGGAGCAGCUGCGGGUGGCCCUGUCGGCCAACUGCGACGACAUGCCUCCGCGCGAUGUGCUGGCCUUCCUGGUGGCUGCCACGCGCAAGGGAGGGGGGCUCGUGGAUGACGCAGCAGCAGCGGCCGCCAGUCCCCACAGCAUGGCGUCCGCCGGCCGGCGGGAGAGACUGGCCGCGAAAUCCAAGUACGAAAAUGGCAGUUGCUUCCAGAACGGAGUGAACCAUGCUGUCCUGGUGGUGGGCUACGGUGUCGAGACAAGCAACGCUAGCCCUUUUCGAAUGCCUGCGCCCCUCUGGGUGAUCCGCAACUCGUGGGGCAGCGGAUGGGGGGCUGCAGGACACAUGUUCAUGGACAUGCAGAGCGGGCCGGGCAUCUGUGGCAUCAACACACUGCCAGGCAUCUUCCCCAUCCUCCGAU